AUGGCUACUGAUGAAUACACUACUGCUUGUCUUGAAAAAGAAGCAAGAGAAUAUGAAAAAGCAAUUGCAUUGUUCACAAAAAUUCUUAGUGAACAAAAUAAUACAACAAACAAAAAUUAUCUAAUUAUGGUCUACAAACGUCGAGCAGAAUACUACUAUAAAUUGGCUAAAUUUCAGAAUGUGAUUGACGAUAUCAAUAAAGCAAAACAAGAAGGUUUUGAUAUUUCAAAAGAUCCUGAAUUUUUUUACAUGCUCAAUCACUGUACAAUACAAUGUACCUUACAACAAGUGAUCAAUAAUUUUGAAGAUCAAGCAAGGCUUGAUUGUACGUAA